AAUAGAGAAUAGAGCUAAAACAAUUAGACACAGAGGGGUCGGAGGCUCGGAGCGAGACUGUCAAAUCUCCAUAUUCUCUCUCUCUUUCUCUCUCUAUUUCUCUCCCUCUAAAUUCUCAUAAUUCUGAUUUUUCAAUCCGUAUAUUCGCUUCAAUCGCCGAUCUUUUGUACUCUUCCUCGGGAAUCCCUCGUCUUCCUCUUUCAAUCUCUGUCUCUUUUCUCAGAAUAUAAUGUUUCUGAUUUUCAAGAACUUGUCUCAUAUGCACAAAUGUGGAGAAGAUAUGAUUAGUGGGACUGGUUUCUGAUUUGAUACAAUUCGGACUCUGAAAAAAGAAAGGAGAAAAAAGAUAAUAAUAAUGGAAGGUGAUACAUUUUCAGGGCUUGGUAAUGGUACCCAGAUUGAUGGGAAGAUCAUGCAGACAUUUCAAAAGAGUUUUGUGCAGGUCCAAGAUAUUUUGGAUCAGAAUAGAGCGCUCAUCAAUGAAAUAAAUCAGAACCAUGAGUCCAAGAUCCCUGACAAUCUCAGCAGAAAUGUGGGUUUAAUUAGGGAGCUGAACAACAAUAUAAGGAGGGUGGUUGACCUUUAUGCUGAUCUUUCAAAUAACUUCACCAAAUCCAUGGAUGUGUCCUCUGAAGGAGAUUCUAGUGGUGCUUUGAAAUCAGAUGGAAAAGCUGGCCACAAGAGAAUUAGGCCUGCUUAAACACUAAAUUGAUCUUCGUGUUAAUUCUUUUGCAAAAUCAUGAAUUUUACAGUUUGUAUUGAGAGGUAGUAGAAGAAACAUGGUUAGAUUCUGUAACUUAUCUUGUAUCAGUCAACUCUCUGUAGUUCUCCACUCACUCACUCCUCACAAUUUCUUAGAGAAAUAAUUCCUCAAAAUUCCUAUCUCAUUGUAACUCUGUAACUGUGGAUCUAAUUGAAAAUCAAGCAUGUUUUGUGUUAA